AUCCAUGAUGAGAAUGGACUGAGACCUGUUAUGGUGUACAUCCAUGGUGGAUCCUACAUGGAAGGAACAGGGAAUAUGAUUGACGGCAGUAUUCUAGCCAGCUAUGGAAACGUCAUUGUAGUGACCCUGAACUAUAGGCUGGGAGUGCUGGGGUUCCUGAGUACAGGUGACCAGGCAGCCAAAGGGAAUUAUGGGCUGUUGGACCAGAUCCAAGCACUGCGGUGGAUCAAAGAGAAUAUCCAGGCUUUCAAAGGCGACCCGAAAAGGGUGACUAUAUUUGGAUCAGGAGCUGGGGCGUCCUGUGUUAGCUUGCUGACCCUAUCGCACUAUUCAGAAGAUUUGUUUCAGAAAGCCAUCAUCCAGAGUGGGACUGCUCUGUCUAGCUGGGCCGUCAACUACCAACCUGCCAAAUACACCCGGAUACUAGCUGAAAAAGUGGGCUGUAAUAUGCUAGAUAGCAUAGACCUGGUGGAAUGUCUACAGAACAAGAACUACAAGGAGCUGAUUGAACAGUACAUCACACAAGCCAAGUACCACAUUGCGUUCGGUCCAGUAAUUGAUGGUGACGUCAUCCCUGAUGAUCCCCAAAUUCUGAUGGAGCAAGGGGAGUUCCUCAACUAUGACAUCAUGCUGGGUGUUAACCAGGGUGAGGGUUUUAAGUUUGUGGAUGGCAUCGUGGACAGUGAGGAUGGUGUGUCUGCAAAUGACUUUGACUUCGCUGUGUCUGAUUUUGUGGACCACCUUUAUGGUUAUCCAGAGGGCAAGGACACGCUUCGAGAAACCAUCAAGUUCAUGUAUACUGACUGGGCUGACAAGGAGAACCCGGAGACGAGGCGAAAGACUCUAGUUGCACUUUUCACUGAUCACCAAUGGGUGGCACCAGCAGUUGCUACAGCAGACCUUCAUGCUCAAUAUGGAUCUCCAACAUAUUUUUAUGCUUUUUACCAUCAUUGUCAGAGCGAAAUGAAACCUAGCUGGUCGGAUUCAGCACACGGAGACGAGGUGCCUUAUGUGUUUGGAAUUCCCAUGAUUGGCCCUACUGAUCUCUUUAAUUGUAAUUUCUCCAAGAAUGAUGUCAUGCUUUCAGCGGUGGUGAUGACGUACUGGACAAAUUUCGCUAAAACUGGGGAUCCAAACCAGCCAGUUCCACAGGACACCAAAUUCAUCCACACAAAACCUAACCGCUUUGAGGAAGUGGCCUGGUCGAAAUACAACCCCAAAGACCAGCUUUACCUACACAUUGGACUGAAGCCAAGGGUGAGAGAUCACUAUCGCGCCACCAAGGUUGCUUUCUGGUUAGAACUGGUACCUCAUCUCCAUAACAUCAACGAGCUCUUUCAAUAUGUCUCGACCACUACAAAGAUACCUCCUCAGGAUACUACACCAUUCCCAUACACUAAAAGACUAGGUAAAACAUGGCCGUCCACCACACGACACCCUGGUGUUCCUCCUGCCAACACCAAACAAACCACAGACCAGCGUAAAGGCAAUGAUUUGGGCGAUGACUCAGCGGUGGUUAUCGAGACGAAGCGCGAUUACUCGACCGAACUCAGCGUGACCAUAGCUGUGGGCGCUUCUCUCCUUUUCCUUAACAUUCUGGCAUUCGCGGCACUCUACUACAAGAAGGAUAAACGUCGACAUGAAUCCAACCGACGAGGACCGAGCCCGCAGCGGAACUCUGCGCCAGCUAAUGUGGUGGCUAACGCUAAUGACAUAGCACAUUUGCAGAGUGAUGAGCUGAUGUCACUCCAGAUGAAACAGCAGCAGAUGGAACACGAGCACCAUCAUGAGUGUGAUUCUUUACAAGCUCACGAUACGCUUCGUCUUACCUGCCCGGCGGAUUAUACGCUCACCCUGCGACGUUCACCUGAUGACAUCCCACUCAUGACGCCAAGUACCAUAACAAUGAUUCCUAACGCUCUGGCCGGAAUGCAGACCCUGCACAAUUUCAACACGUUUGGAGGUAGUCAGAACAGUACCAACUUGCCCCAUGGGCAUUCCACCACCAGGGUAUAGCUUCUUUUUUUUUUUCAGAACUACCGAACAUGGUCUGCUAAGGCAGUGGGGGAUACAGGACCUUUGUUUGUUAUGGCAAACUGUGCUGACUUUGUUCCACUCUGAGACUUAUCUUGGUGGAUGAGAUGUUAUUUUCCUAUGAAGCCUUCUUGCAGAAUAUAUCAAAGUCAAAUAUGACCUACUUGCGAAAAAAAAAAAAAAAAAAUGAAUGUUACUAGAGUAAUACUUUAUUUGGAGCCAAGCUUGUUAAGGGCAGGGGACUUUACACCAAAAGACAAGAAGAACUCUUUUGAAAGACUAUUUUGCUUGCGUAGACAACAUAUACACCAACAACAGAGAGGAUCUGACGAUGCUUUGUAUGUGCCAUAACUUGUCAUAUACCAAGAGCAACAAUGAGAGCAAUGUUAUUAUGUGAGAACUAUAUUUCCGAUAAACACAUUCAUAUUAUUUUCUGAGAGCGUUGUCACUUAACGAACAUGUGGACUGAACUCCAAAAUCCCAGCCUGAAAUCUAAUUAUGACAAAAUUUGUAAAGGUGACAUAAUGUACAUACUUGUGAGUCAAAUACAAAUAUUAAAAUAAUUACAAAA